UUGUCCAGGUGUUGAGCAUUCAUUCAUGUCCAGUCACUAGACAGAGGUUCUUUCACGGCGGAAAGGAACAGCAGGGAACAGAGUGUGAGAGAGACCUGCAAUUGUGUCUGAUUGUCUCCGUCAACUUGCCACCGGCGUUAAAAUUCUCCUUAUCCCGAUCGGCGGCGGUGAUCGAUCUGUAAAUGCCAUAACAGAAUUCGUAAAACCUUUCCAUAUAUUCCGUUUCCGGAUAAUUACAAUUCCUUGUAUCAUCUAUUUUUAUUAAAUUCUCUCUUUCCCUCUCUGUCUCUGCUCCCCCACCCUCCCACUUACCUGCAUUAUCUGCCAUAAUACGACGCCGUCGCCGUUGCACCUUCCGGCUCCACUCAGUCUCCGCCGCGACCUUUCCAUUACAGAUUUCAGAGGCCUGAAUCAAUAUAGUUUAGAUGGAGGACGAAGAAAAGUCACACAGUGAAUCGAAUACCAAACAACACGCGUCCAAGGAGGAUCAGACUGGGCAGCUACCUCAACUGGAAACCAACGAUCAAGUUAUGAGGGAUGCUACUGAGGACAACCCGCCUACUCAUGAGGCAAAUGUUGCUGAUGUUAAAGUCAAUGAGGCUCUUCUUAGUGAUGUGCCCAUAGAACACAAGGACAAUGCCAGCAAUGCCAGUGACAGGAAUCAGCUUAAAACUGUAGAUGAUAAACAAGUGGGAGUGGGGGAGUUGAAGAAUGGGUUGAACGAUACUGAGAUGGCUGAGGCUGAGGAAUCUGGGGAUGGGACACCAUCACAGCAAGCAGCAUUUAUGAAGGAGGUGGAAAGUUUCUACAGGGAGAACACCUUGGAGUUUAAGGCCCCAAAGUUUUAUGGAGAGCCGCUGAAUUGCCUUAAGUUAUGGAGAGCUGUUACUAGAUUGGGUGGCUAUGACGUGGUGACUGCAUCAAAGUUGUGGCGGCAAGUAGGAGAGUCCUUCCAUCCCCCCAAGACGUGCACAACAGUAUCUUGGACUUUCCGCAUAUUUUAUGAAAAGGCACUUUUGGAAUAUGAGAAGCAUAAGAGGAAAAUUGGUGAACUUCGACUUCCUGUUGGACCUAUCACUCAGUCUACAAGUGUUGAGAAGGAGGCAAGUGCUCAUCAAGCUCCUGGAUCAGGCAGGGCACGAAGGGAUGCUGCAGCUCGUGCAAUGCAGGGUUGGCAUGCACAGCGUCUUGUUGGAUAUGGUGAGGUUGCCGAGCCUACUAUUAAGGACAAGCACUUGAGUUCUAUCCCAAAGCGUGAAAAGAAUCUUAAAAGCAUUGGUUCGGUUAAACACAGGACACCAACAAACCUGGAGCUUUCAACUACAAAUAUUGAGGCAGAUAAGCAGGUAGUCACAACUGUUGUUGAUCUUGGACCUCCAGCUGAUUGGGUGAAGAUCAAUGUACGAGAAACUAAAGAUUGCUUUGAGGUAUAUGCUUUGGUUCCUGGUCUUCUGCGUGAGGAGGUCCGAGUUCAGUCAGAUCCAGCUGGACGUCUUGUUAUAACAGGUCAACCAGAGCAGAUUGACAAUCCUUGGGGUAUUACACCAUUUAAGAAGGUUGUGAGCUUACCUGGAAAAAUUGAUCCCCUUCAAACAUCUGCUGUGGUUAGCCUGCAUGGGCGGUUAUUCGUGCGUGUUCCUUUUGAACAGUGAUGGGGUUUGAAGUUUCAUCGCAUGUCGUGGAUCAAUUGAAUAAUUUUUUAUGGUGUUGCAAUAUUAUUGUUCUUGUUUUUCUUCUUUUGGGGUUGUGAAAGAAGGUUGCAACUAGUUCAGUUGGUGUUAAUGCAUGCUAGUUUAACAACUUGAUUUACUUCCG